UCGGCCCCCAUGGAGGGCGCCCUGCAGCUGCUGGGCCGGGAGGGCCACAGCGUGGCUCACAACGCCAAGCGCCACUACCACGACGCCUUCGUGGCCAUGAGCCGCAUGCGGCAGCGAGGCCUCCUGUGUGACAUCGUCCUGCACGUGGCCGCCAAGGAGAUUCGCGCGCACAAGGUGGUGCUGGCCUCCUGCAGCCCCUACUUCCACGCCAUGUUCACGAAUGAGAUGACCGAGAGCCGCCAGACCCACGUGACGCUGCACGACAUCGACCCCCAGGCCCUGGACCAGUUGGUGCAGUUCGCCUACACGGCAGAGAUCGUGGUGGGGGAGGCCAACGUGCAGACCCUGCUCCCAGCCGCCAGCCUCCUGCAGCUGAACGGCGUCCGCGAUGCCUGCUGCAAGUUCUUGCUGAGCCAGCUCGACCCCUCCAACUGCCUGGGCAUUCGAGGCUUUGCCGACACGCACUCCUGCAGCGACCUGCUCAAAGCAGCCCACAGGUACGUGCUGCAGCACUUCGUGGACGUGGCCAAGACUGAGGAGUUCAUGCUGCUGCCACUGAAACAGGUGCUGGAACUGGUCUCUAGUGACAGCCUGAACGUGCCUUCAGAGGAGGACGUGUACCGUGCCGUCCUGAGCUGGGUCAAACACGACGUGGACACCCGUCGGCAGCACGUCCCACGGCUCAUGAAGUGUGUGCGGCUGCCCUUGCUGAGCCGCGACUUCCUGCUGGGCCACGUGGACGCCGAAAGCCUGGUGCGGCACCAUCCAGACUGCAAGGACUUGCUCAUCGAGGCCCUCAAGUUCCACCUGCUGCCCGAGCAGAGGGGAGUUCUGGGCACCAACCGCACGCGGCCCCGGCGCUGUGAGGGGGCCGGCCCUGUGCUCUUUGCUGUGGGUGGGGGGAGCUUGUUUGCCAUCCACGGGGACUGUGAAGCCUAUGACACACGCACCGACCGCUGGCACGUGGUGGCCUCCAUGUCCACACGCCGGGCCCGGGUAGGAGUGGCGGCUGUUGGGAAUCGACUGUACGCUGUGGGCGGCUACGAUGGAACCUCGGACCUGGCUACCGUGGAGUCCUACGACCCCGUGACCAACACGUGGCAGCCCGAGGUGUCCAUGGGCACAAGACGAAGCUGUUUGGGUGUGGCUGCCCUGCACGGGCUCCUGUACGCGGCCGGUGGCUAUGAUGGGGCAUCCUGCCUCAACAGUGCGGAGCGCUAUGACCCCCUGAUGGGAACGUGGACGUCUGUCGCUGCCAUGAGCACCCGGAGGCGCUACGUGCGUGUGGCCACACUCGAUGGAAACCUGUACGCCGUGGGUGGUUACGACAGCUCCUCACACCUGGCCACCGUGGAGAAGUGAACGCAUGGACGCCCGUGGCCUCCAUGCUGAGCCGCCGCAGCUCAGCGGGCGUGGCAGUGCUGGAGGGAGCCCUGUACGUGGCCGGGGGCAACGACGGCACCAGCUGCCUCAACUCGGUGGAGAGAUACAGCCCCAAGGCCGGAGCCUGGGAGAGCGUGUCGCCCAUGAACAUCCGCAGG